AGCCGAAGCCAGCCCAGGCAGCCUCCCCCUUCUCAGCGCUGGAAGAGGCGGAGGCGGCGGCGGCCGGUCAUGGCAGCGCUCGGCUCUCCGGCGGACAAAGGGAGCCGGCGGGCCGGGAGCUGAAGCAGCCGGAGGAGCCUCCAGCUGAGGCGGGCAGGGACGCCCACCAUGAAGCUCAACGAAAAGAGCCUCUCCUUCUACGCCACCUGCGCCUCUCCGGCCGACCACGCCGGCUUCCUGCACAAGAAGGGCGAGCGGAACACGGCCUACCACCGGCGCUGGUUCGUGCUGAGGGGGAACAUGCUCUUCUACUUUGAGGAGCGGGAGAGCAGGGAGCCCGUGGGCGUCAUCAUUCUGGAGGGCUGCACGGUGGAGCUGUGCCAGGCCAGCGAGGAGUUCGCCUUCGCCAUCCGAUUCGACGGCCCCAAGUCCCGCACCUACGUGCUGGCGGCCGAGAGCCAGGCCGCCCUGGAGCGCUGGGUCAAGGCGCUCUCCAGAGCCAGCUUCGACUACCUGCGCCUGGUGGUGAGAGAGUUGGAGAAGCAGCUGGAGGAGAUGCAGGCGGCCAUCCCGGGUGCCCAGCUGGGGCUGAGACGGCGGCUCUUGUAUCGGAAAAACAAAACGGCUCCCAAUUUGGAACUGGCUGCCCUGCCGCAGGAGAAACCGUCCCUGCCCGUUUGCAUCCCCGGGAAAGAGAACGGCUGUGCCUUAUGGAAUAACUCCGAAGCCUUGGCCAGCUUGUCUCCUGCCUGCAGAGAGAUAAACUCUUACAGCGGGGCCAAAAGCUACGAUGGGGGGCUCAAGCCGCCGCCGUUGCCCCCUCGGAGACGGUCCCUGCCGAGCAGCUCCGGUGGGACCGGCGGCCCGAGCUUAGACGGCCCCCUGUCUCCAAGCGCAGUGUGUUUUUCCCAGCUGCACGGCUGGUACGGCCAGGAGAUUGUUGAGCUGCAGAAGGCCUGGCUGGAGGGUCAGAGGUAUAAGGACAGCAGCCUUUGAACCUCCUGGGGGCGGACAGGCGCUUCCUGGAAAAACUGAACUGGCUGAAGCUCAGCCACGCUUGGAAACCCACCAACGCCCAUCUUGCAGAUGAGACUCCGGGAAACUUUGUCUUCGGUCUGCUGAUUGCACCCUUCCAUGAUUCAUGGAAAAGCCAUGGCCAGUGCCAGCUCACAUCCUCCUCUCCCUCCCCCUCCCCCUCCAAAAAUCCCCUUUCCUCAAACAGGCCAAACUUUCUAGUUCCUGGAGGCCUCCACCGUUAAGGGAUCUUUGAUGAGAUGUUGUUGGAAAUUGGAAAAGGUUUUCCUCUGGAAACAACUCACAGCCCCAGCAGGCAAAUGAACGGAAGCGAGGCAGGAGCGUCUUUCGACCCCCGGAUGCCAUGGAGGGUUGUUUCAACGAAGCCUUUGGUGCAGGGAGGGUGGGCUUCAUUUGCAGAAGCACCGGAGGACCAUGGGAAUGGUUGGGCUUGGCUCGGUUACUUCUCCAGGAGUAACCUGUGAUCCAAUUUGCACCCAAUUCAGUUAAAGGAGAUUCUGGAAAUUCUCCAGAAAAGAAAUUGUAGCUGUGUCGUUCAUGAUUCUUGUCAGUUAGAAUGGGGACAAGAUCAGGGGAGGUCUUAGAACUCCUGUUUAGUCAUGAAGGCCAUUGAAUGGCCACCAUCUUGGAAGCUAAACUAUCUGACUGGGACGCUGGGAAUCAGGCGAGGAGGUCCAUGUAUACGACAGGUGGGGUGUAUUCUUACAAUCCAGAAAAGAAGGAACUGAAAUGGGGUCCCUUUAAGCCCCCUCCUUCCCAAAGCGGCAACGCCAUCUCUUUGCCUAACCCUUGUAAGCAUUUUCUUACCUGGGACAGGAAUCUCUUCGGCCACCACCAUUUAUAUAACGGAAAUUGGGAAAUUGGCUCUUUAUUCGUUUCUGCAGGACAGGAGUGGAUAAAAGCAGCUGUUCACGAGGCGGCCCAAACCUUGAACGCAAUAAACGGAGACAUCAGGCCGAGGUGUUAUACAACUUCUGUAUUUUCCUUUUUUUAACGGCUCUUUACACAAUGUAAUUGGCCUUUUUCAGUAUUUAACAAACUCCGGUCAAUCUUGUAGAAAUGGUUUCAAAGUACAGUACAGGCGCCUAGAAAAAGGGAGCUGACGCAUCUCGCCAGCUUCGAAUACAACCGGUCUCUCUCGAGGGUGGAGAACCAACACUUAAGUGCUUAGUUAAAAUAAUAAUAAUAAUAAUAAUAAUAAUAAUAUAUCCUGUUCCAUUAAAACUAAUCUGGAGCCUUUGGUGAAGAAGAAUUCAUGGACCCCACUCCACAUUUUAUUUGGAUAGACAGAAGCUGAAUUUUUUCAGGGGGUUUCUAGGUAAGUGAUAUUUCCAUGUGCUUCAGGCGGACAAAUAGAUCAGAAUUUCUGGAUGAAAUAAGGAGCAUUGAAUACAUAAAAAAAUACUUUCAGUUCUGAUAAAACAAAACGCAUGUAAUGGGAAGGCCAUUACAUAUAUAUUGGUGUGUGGGAGAUAACUGGCUUCUCUUUCCCUGCUUGUAAAUUAGAUUCAAAAAGCUUUUAUCACAUCUGGGGGAAUAAAUUAACGGCUGGAUGAAAAGCUUGAGAUCACUCAACUCCGUUAGGGUCUCUUCAAAUGAUGAAAACAUCUGGUGAGAAACUGCCAUCUAAGGAAGAAACCUGCCAGUUCGGAGACAGUCCCCUCAGCUCUUCAUCUAGUUUUGAGAUGAAAGUCAAAUUGAUGGGAAUUACUUAGAUAAUCCAGGACCAGCCUCUAUCCUUCAGCUCCUUCCUUCCUUCCUUCCUUCCUUCCUUCCUUCCUUCCUUCCUUCCUUCCUUCCUUCCUUCCUUCCUUCCUUCCUUCCUUCCUUCCUACCUACCUACCUACCUACCUACCU